UCUUUCUUGCUUUUGACGGAAACUCUCCUACCCUUCUGAAACCUUUUUUUUUUCCCUUUCAUUCAGGGUCAUACUCUGAGAUUUCUGACUAUUUUGACACAUGCAUAUUAUCUCACCAUGUAUACAACGAGAAACGUCACGGAUCAAAACCUUGUGUAUAUUAGGAAAGGGCGGCCAGUCGGAUACUCUUGCUAAAUUCGGUUGCACCUCUGUACAAUAUCGAUGCAAUUCACAUUUAUUACUUCUUUCACUUGCUUCUAUUUCCCGUAGUUGCAUGUCUUCCAAGACGACCACAUUGGCUUUCUUUGAAAGCCAUGUUCGGUUUACACUUCCCUCACUGAUACUUCAUCUUGACUUCGACCGACCAUCUUUCACGGAAGAUUGUCUCUCACCCUUAGAAGAUCCCCUGGCAACCCAGUACCUUGAGAUAUUCUGCCAGACGCCAUCGAGGCUCGCCAGCAAGGACUACAAUCAAUUGAUUGCAGGGAGACGACGGCCAAUAAUCAGAGACGAACGGUCAGGAAAUUCACGUGACCACUACCUGACCCAGAACCUGGUAUCCUUUCCGUGAGAAACUCCUUGAACAGCUGGAUGACAGUUGGUGUGACCCCUGCGGACUGAACACGAGCCCAUGAACUUUUUCUCAGGAACUAACAUGAAACGAUUUAUUCCAGCUGGCUCAUAAGCUGUUGUACUAUCUCGGUUCCUGUCUCU